CCUCCACCGCCGACAUCUCGCUCUCUCUCGCCCAAGCAACCCGCACCGCAGACCUCGCACCCCGCCCAAGAGCGCUGCGAGCGACCUCCUCUGGCCCUGCGCUGCCCGUACGAGCACACCCCGCUAGCGCCUCCCGCACCGCACCGCCUGUCGACACCUUGCGCGGCCCUGCCUCGUCUCCGGAGACACACCGCACCCGCACCGCGCACACUGCCACCCGCCGCCCAGCCCAGCCUGCCUGACCCGCCCUCGCAAGACGAGAGCCCGUCUUAAGCCGGCGCCCACGCUCCCUGCGCCAGCAACCGCGACCCUUAUGCCACAGUACGGAACCUACGGCUCGCCCUCGCUGAACAAGAUGGAAAACGGAUACGGCCACGGCGGGCGCUCCAGCUUCUCGCUCGGCCGCAUCUUCGGCGACCCGUUUGCCCUGGCCACCAUCUCCAUUGGCUCCCUGGCCUGGGUCAUUGCCUUUGUGAGCUCCAUAUUGUCCGCCCUCCGCCCGAAGCCCGAAGAGCGCGUGCCGCCGUUUGCCUGGUGGACGCUCGUGUACAUGCUGUGCAGCAUCGUGGGCGUCUCUGUCACGGUGGCCUCGGACUCGGAGCGCACCUACCAUGUCGCCAUUGUCGGCUUCACGGCCGCUGGAAUCGUCCUCUCCUCGUCGGCCGUCAACGCCCUCGUCUACUCGCCCGUGGCCGCCAACGAGGCUGCCGCGGCGGGCUUCAUCCUGCUCUCCAUGAUCGCAAUUGUCUGGGUCUUCUACUACGGCUCGCAGCCCCAAGCCAGCCACCGCACCUUCGUCGACUCGUACGCCCUGCACAAGGAGCAGCCCGCCUCGCGCUCCUCGCGCCAAAUGUCAAACACGUACGGCGCGCCCCAGCAGUCCUCGCUCGCGCCGCAGCCCCAGCUCUACACUUCGGCGCAGCUCAACGGCUUCGAGACGUCGUCCCCCGUGUCCGGCUACCCUGGCGGCCCCGUCGGCGGCGACGCCCGCGGCUCCUCGAUCCCGCGCUUCGGCGGCGGCAUGGGCCAGACGCCUACCAACGACGUCGAGCAGCAGCCGCAGGAGCAGAGCAUCGAGUACCCGUACCGCGCCAAGGCCAUCUACAGCUACGAGGCGAACCCGGACGACGCAAACGAGAUCUCCUUCCAAAAACACGACAUCCUCGAGGUCUCGGACGUCAGCGGGCGGUGGUGGCAGGCCAAGAAGCCCAACGGCGAGACGGGCAUCGCGCCCAGCAAUUACCUCAUUCUGCUGUAGAAGGCUGGCUCCUUCCGUUUUCUUUUCCCUUCUUUUCUGAAAUUGUGCGGCGCAAAGAGCCGCAUAUCCUCACGACUGUUUCCUUGCGUCUUCUUCGAUCGAUUUGUCCGUCUGCAUGGCCACUGCGGGGCCUUAUUCCCGCCGACGGCCUGUAAGUCCUACAAGGCGAGAUGCGGGCGGGGGAAAAGCCCACUUAUUUACCUUUCUGGUGCCUUGUACUAUGUAUAGCGGGGAAGGUUUGAGGCUUAUUGCGAGAGAGACAUGUGAAGUGAGCAGAAAGUUUUGUAUCUGUUGAUACUGGAUAUGGGAUUGGGCAUGGAGUUGGGGGCCGGGUGCUUUUUGUGUUUGUGUUGUGCUGAGAGAGAUUGUCGAGAUUGCUGAACUGCCUACCUUGCCUGCACGAUACCCGGAUAAAAGGAAGGAUGAUAGGUAUACAUAAUUCCAAGAUUGAAGUUUGAAGGCUG